CUGACUUCUCUCAGUCUCAACUCUUUUACAAUAAGAGAUGAUGGCAAAGCUGUGGAUUUGUCUCCUGUUGGAGUUAUUUUCCAUGCUGGACACAAUUGGUGGAUAUUACAUGGAGGGGCGAUCUGAGUGCAUUUACAGCUCCAGUGAUUUAAGUGAUAUGGUUUACAUCCAAUCCUGCAUUUUCAAUAAGAUUAGGUACAGGUGGUUUAACAGUACAGUCGGCAAGUAUCAGGGCUACACUCAGCAUGGCAUUUUUAAUGCAGAGAGAUUUAACAAUGACACAGCCUUCAUGCAAAGAAAGCGAGCUGAUGUAAAUGAUUUCUGUAAGCACAAUGCUAAAAACCGCUAUUCAGCUAUAAUUGGGAAAUCAGUGGAGCCCCGUGUUAUGGUGAAGUCAGUGAAGCAGUCAGAUGGAUCACAUCCUGCUAUGCUGAUGUGCAGUGCUUACAAUUUUUACCCAAAGUUCAUUAAAGUCACCUGGCUAAGAAACUGUAAGGAGGUUGAAGGAGGUGUGACGUCCACAGAGGAGAUGGCUAAUGGAGACUGGUACUAUCAGGUCCACUCACAUCUGGAGUAUAAGCCUGAAUCUGGAGAGGAGAUCUCCUGUGUGGUGGAACACGCCAGCUUCACAAAGCCCAUGAGCUAUAAGUGGGACCCCUCUGCUCCUGCAUCUGAGAGGAGUAAGACUGCUAUCGGAGCUUCAGGUCUGGUGUUGGGGAUCGUGCUUUCAGCUACUGGGUUCAUCUACUACAAAAAAAAAUCCUCUGGAACUUACUGAGGUUCAGAUC